CUUCUUCUUGCUUUCAGAUUUUGGAAUGGUGGCGAGAGGUUAACGGACACCGGACGAUUACUGAAGAAGUCAAGGAGUAGCUGUGGAUAGAUGGUGCACGUCGCGUUUUACCGCAACUGUGAGUUUUCUUUCCCCCAUUUUAGUUGUUGGUAUGAUGCUAUGAUUAGCAUUUUUGGGGGACUUAGUUCCUCAAUGAUUAUCUUUACUGCUGCGAUUUCUAAUACUCUAGUAUCUUUGCUUUAUUAUUCGCUUUGAUUUGAUCGUGCGAUUCAUGGAAAUCUUUAUCUUUAGUGAUUUUUUUCGUUUAUUAGGAUAAAGCUCGCGCUUUCCCGAAAUUGGGUCUUCCUUACUUUAGCUUCUUGUGAUAUGAAUUAUGAACAGUUAGUAAGGUGUAUGAUGUUGUUUUGAAGUGAUCUGGACGGUAACUUUCGCUACUACCUAUUUGUAGUGAGCGCAAAUAAUGUAUUGCAUUACAUCUUGAUUGAAAUUUUUUGAAGUAACAUGUGUUGGGGAAAGAGAAGUGGCUUUAUCUAGGUGGCGAGCUUGGGAUUUUGGGGGGAUGCUUCUUGCUGGGGACUUUUGAUGUGUGGUGCUUAAUGGAGAACCAACCAUCUGGGUGAUGUUUGUGCUUCCACUGCACAAGGUUAUUUCAUAAUGGUUAUGCUGGAGUACCAUGUUAAAUUUGGCCUGAAGAACUUCAUUGGGUUUCUUUAUUUUUAUUUUUUAUGAAUGAAUCGUAUCUACGUGCUUGUAUCUUCAGGUAUUAAUAACAUGGGCAAUGUAUACUAACUGAUUUAUUCUCAUGGGCAGAUGGUAAAACUUUUAAGAAACCGAGGCGUCCAUAUGAGAAGGAACGUUUAGACGCUGAGCUAAGACUUGUCGGAGAGUAUGGACUCCGCUGCAAGAGGGAACUCUGGAGGGUGCAGUAUGCACUAAGCCGUAUUCGCAAUGCAGCAAGAAUGCUUUUAACUCUUGACGAGAAGAAUCCACGUAGGAUUUUUGAGGGUGAAGCUCUUCUUAGGAGGAUGAAUAAGUAUGGUCUUUUGGAUGAGAGCCAAAACAAGCUUGAUUACGUGUUGGCCCUCACUGUUGAGAACUUUCUUGAGCGCCGCCUUCAAACAGUCAUAUUCAAAGCGGGGAUGGCCAAGUCAAUUCAUCAUGCCCGAGUUCUCAUCCGGCAGAGACAUAUUAGGUAAGAGAAAAGUGACUUUGUUUGUAUUUUUUUUUUGUCGCAUAGCCUCAUUGCUUGCUGAUUAGGUUGUAGAUGUUGAACCAUGCAUGUUGGUGGUGCUUCGUCCAAUAUAGUGUUCCUUGCUUCUUUUCCUUGUGGACUAUCUUUGGGCAUGUAAUACGUAACAUUGUUUAUAUAUCCUUCCUACCUCUUAUCAUAGCAAUCGUCAAGUUAAUAAAAUGGUCAUAAGAAAGUCGUAGAUUUCUUCUGUUGGCCCUCUGAAGAUUGGUUCAUGUUUUAGUUUGUAAUCCCUCUUAUCAAAUGCCUUUAAAAUAAUUUAUUAUUAAGGAUAUGCAUCUUCUAAGUGGUCUAGAUGAGAACUAACUUGUUUAGAACAAAAUUGUUUGUAUACACAUUGGUAUGAUGUUGCUACAAGCAAAUAUGUUUUCUAUGGAUGCUCUAGUUAUAUGUCUGUCAACGAUGAACUAGAAGAAAUGGUGGUAGAUUCGUCAAACAAUCUUAAUUUCUUUGUUAGUCUUCUCUUAAAGGUUGGGGUUUCGGUUGGUGCUCCUGGUUUUGUACAGCCGGUUUGUUCAUGCUAACUUGGACGUGUUAUUUUAUUGGUUUCAGGGUUGGGAGACAGGUGGUUAAUGUCCCUUCCUUCAUGGUUAGAGUGGACUCCCAAAAGCAUGUUGAUUUCUCAAUCACUAGUCCAUUUGGAGGUACUGGCAAACCUGGUAGAGUGAAGCGCAAGAACAUCAAAGCAGCAUCGUCCAAGAAAGAUUCUGGAGAUGGGGAUGAAGACAAUGAAUAGUCGUUCAAUGGUGGUGUUAGAGGUUGAAUAAAUAGUUAUUAGUUCUCCAUCUAUCGAUAACCUUUGUUUUACUUCCUUGUCGCUGAGCUGAGCGAUACAGAUGGUGCCAAUUGCCAAACAUAGUGUCUCGCAAUAGAAACAAGAAACUGCAAAUUUUGCAUUUCUAAUAGAAUGUUUGCUCAGCCUGGUUUGCUAUGUUAUGUUCAUUUCUGUCGUGUCGUUUUCUCCUUUUGGUAAAUCUGCCCCUUACGGUUAACAGU